AUGGCCUCCUCUGCCCGUCAGUUCGCCCGCGUGGCAACCCGCACAACCACCCGCUCCUUCGCCGCCGUCCCUCGACAGGCUUUCCGCCAGCAGGGCCGCCGCUUCUACUCCUCCGAGCCUGAGAAGAAGUCCUCCUCCUCCCUCCUGUACCUUGGCGCCGCCGCCGCCGCCGGUGGCCUGGGCAUCUGGUACUUCACCUCUGGCGCCUCUGCCUCCUCCAAGGAGUUUGUUCCCACCCAGGCCGACUACCAGAAGGUGUACAACGACAUCGCAGAGCGUCUCGAGGUCGACGACUAUGACGAUGGCAGCUACGGCCCCGUCCUGGUGCGUCUCGCCUGGCACGCCAGCGGCACCUACGACAAGGAGACCGGGACCGGUGGCAGCAACGGCGCCACUAUGCGAUUUGCUCCCGAGAGCGCUCACGGUGCCAACGCCGGUCUGAUUGCUGCUCGUGACUUCCUCGAGCCUAUCAAGGCCAAGUACCCCUGGAUCAGCUACUCCGAUCUCUGGAUCCUCGGCGGCGUUUGCGCCAUCCAGGAGAUGCACGGCCCCAUCAUCCCCUACCGACCCGGCCGCCGCGACGCCGACGCUGCCGCCUGCACCCCCGACGGCCGCCUGCCCGACGCCAGCAAGGGCGCCAGGCACCUGCGUGACAUCUUCUACCGCAUGGGCUUCAACGACCAGGAGAUUGUCGCCCUCAGCGGUGGCCACGCCAUCGGCCGAUGCCACCGCGACCGAUCCGGCUACGAUGGCCCCUGGACCUUCUCCCCCACCAUGCUGACCAACGACUUCUACAAGCUGCUGCUGGAGGAGAAGUGGCAGGUCAAGAAGUGGGACGGCCCCAAGCAGUUCGAGGACAAGACCACCAAGUCCCUCAUGAUGCUGCCCACCGACAUGGUUCUGGUCCAGGACAAGGCCUUCAAGCCCUGGGUUGAGAAGUACGCUGCCGACAACGAGCUCUUCUUCCGCGACUUCUCCAACGUCGUUCUCCGCCUGUUUGAGCUUGGUGUUCCUUUUGCCGAGGGCACCGAGAACAACCGCUGGACCUUCAAGCCCACCCACUCUUAAGCUUGUAUAUAUGCAUGAGGGCGAGGACGGGGAGUUGAUCGAUGUACGAAAACAAGGG